CAAUGCGGUAGAGUACCUACCGGUACAGACAACAUUCCUAUCGGGAACCAAAGAUAAAGUAACGCAGAGAAAGAGAGAAUGUCGACCCCAGCGACGAGGGCAAAGUCCCUUUCGUUGUACAGGAAACUCAUGAGGGGGGCCAUGAAGAUGCCGACCCCCAACCGACAGAAUUUCGUGAUUCGAAAGACCAGGACGGAAUUCAAGGCCGCGAAAGGCCUUACGGAUCCGGAGGCCAUCWGUGAAGCAAUCCGACUUGCGGACACYAAUCUCGAUACGGUUUUGGUUCAGGCCGAACAUCUGACAAAAUUGAUGAACGAUCCAAAAUACGACGAYGUGUGACGCGACGGUGAUGGRUCCAUUCUUUCUUGCGAGUCGUAAGGUCGCAAAUGAGUGGUGUGUUCCAAAAGAAUGUAAUCGGAGGUCAAAAUUCACUCUUGUAAUUGGUGUCUUGUCACAUGCACUUCAAACAUAGAGCCUUGGAACGAAGACUCUGAGUCUAUUUGUAACAGUGAUGGAUAGCWGUGCCGUUCGAUGCAUCAUGACUUGCUUGGAAACACACCUUCAACGAACAGUGUCGAGACAAGAUAUCACUUCGUCGACUUGCAAAAUACAACCACUUCGAUAACUAUACGUAGCACGACCAAUAUCUGCACUAUUUUAGACCUGAGCUUUCCAAUAAUUAAAAAAAUGUUAU